AUGGGAAAAGCUGGGAAAGCAACAACCCUCCAGACCUUGCCUGGACAACCCUUGUCAGUCCCCACCUGCAAGUACGCCACACUUCCCCUUGCCAGUCUCCACCAAGCAGCCAUGUCACAGCUAGCGGCGCCAUUCAUUCAGCCCGCCAGGUUCUCUGCUCCCGCGGGUGAAUCUGUGUUGCCUGUCCAGUGCAAGACUUACUGGAUCACCACUACCACCGUCCAGCCGCACAUGCAACCCACGCCCUCAUAA